UUCCUGGGCGAGGGGCGAUCCUGCUCGCAGCCGCCGCCGCCGCCCUCCGGAGUGUCCCUUUCUCCGUCCUCCCCCGCGCUCCCGUCCCCCUUCCGUGUCUCUCCGGCCGGGGGGCUCCCAGGGGCUGACUGCCCUGGGAUGGGGCGGGGGGGCCGUUCUCCCCCAUCCAGCCCGGAUUGCCAGCCGGGUUCGCGAGGCCGAGGAAGGGCCCGAUCCGCCGCCUUCUCGCCCCGGCGCCGGGGGGACGCCCGCUUGCUCGCCCGGAGCUCCCUUCCCGAUGGUGCAGCUGGUGGCGCUGGUGUGGCGAAGGCUGCUGCGCAAGCGGUGGGUCCUGGGCAUCGUCUUCGGCCUCUCCCUCAUCUACUUUCUCAGCAGCACCUUCAAGCAGGAAGAGCGAGCGCUGCGGGAUCGGAAUUUCCCCCAAGUUCAAGACGAGGACCGCCCCAUCGCCUGGAAAGUGCAGUUCAGCCUGGGAAAUGGCAGCCAGCCGAAUAACCAAUGUCGAAACUCAGUCCAAGGAAAACUGCUGAUCACGGAUGAGUUGGGCUACAUCUGUGAGAGGAAGGACCUGCUAGUGAACGGGUGUUGUAAUGUGGAGGCGCCCAGUGUCAAGUUGUACAGCUGUGACAGCUGCCUGCCCAGUGGAUGCUGCAGCGUUUACGAGGCCUGUGUGUCCUGCUGCUUACAGCCCAACAAGCAACAGCUCCUCAAACAUUUUCUCAACCGUGCGGCGCUGGCCUUCCGGAAUCUCUUCACGGCGGUGGAAGAUCACUUUGAGCUCUGCCUGGCCAAGUGCAGGACCUCAUCCCAGAGUGUGCAGCAUGAAAACACCUACCGGAACCCCAUUGCGAAAUAUUGCUAUGGCGAAUACCCCCCAGAUCUUCUGUCUGGGUGAAAGCGCUCGAGAAACUGGCAAGGAUGUAAGCUGAGAGCUGCAGCAACGGGAGGGAGAGAGAACUUUGCAAUCAACUGGUCUGGCUCCUUUGAUUAAGACUGGUUUCAUUCUGCAUCCUCCCACUCCAGCUUCUGGAAGAACUUUCCCUCAAUUGUUCAGCCUGCUGCCAUGUCCCUGCCGUUGACACGCAGGGCAAAAUGGGUGGAAAUCUUCUAAUGGUUGGAUUCAAAGGACUAUGUCCAGGGUUUGCAUCAUGGACCCCGGUGACACUUGGACAUAGAAGUUAAGUGCCUAAUCAGUAUCAGUCGUGUGGGACCUUGAUGGCUUGUAGAUCAAGAAAGCCAUCACAGAAGUGAAGACUGCUGGAAGUGUCCUAUAUGCAUCUGUGUCCUUGAUGGAAACGGCUGUUUGCAAAUAUGAAAAAUUUAUUCAGGUGAUAAGAAGAUACUUGUAUUAGACGAAAAGGUCUUGUGGAUUCUGCACACUAGUGCCGGACAGACCUCGGCUCUCGUCUACCUUACAGGAGGGCACUGUGGAUUCAUUUUUCCAGCUUUUCCGAUGCAAUUUGCCCUGUAUGAGUGAGUGCCAGUCCCUUGCCAGUGCAGGGUGUGCAAGUGGGAACUUGUGCUUCUUCCGUUUUCUGGCACUGACAAUGGAAUGAGAGGUUUCUCAGCAAAAGGACAAACUGGAGCAUCACAAGGAGAGGUGACAGUGGGUGAUGCCAUGGGCAGGAGGCAAAGCAUCGAAAUCUCUGUCCAUGGAAUGCUCUAAGUGUGGACCGAUCCCUUUUAGAAAUAAUUUUUGGGGUUUCUUUAGCAGCUUCUGAUGUUUUUGAUUUGAAAAUUGAACAUGGCCAUGAUUCUCAAGCAGUAAGUGAAGGUGGGGGAAUGAACAAUCCUGUUAAGUCCAUCUCCUCUCGCUCUAGAUGGGCUACUUGGCACCUUCAGACUCAUGAUUGAACCAUUCACUCAGGAGCCACAGCAUGGAGAGGUUCAGAAUUUGUAAUAAUUUCCCACCAAAUCUAAAUAUGCUUGUACCUAAACUCAAAUUGUUCUCUUUUUUUCAUAGCUAAGGAAAGAGUACUGCAAGGAAGGUCUUCCCUGUUGAAGGGAGGAAAGAGGUAACAUCUCUUAGCUUGUUGCCCUUAGCUGAAUCUUCCACAGCCUGGUCUUUCCAGAGGUAUUGAGGUGCACCAUGACCAACUUCUGGGAUCUUUCAUCUCAACAUACUUGCAAGCAGUGUUACUCAACCCUUGGCUGGCUGGGGAAUUCUGGGAGUUGAAGUCCACACAUCUUCAAGUUGCCAAGGUCCAGAAACACUGCUCGCAAGACUUCAGUUAGGGAAAAGCUAAGGAAAAGGAUAGAAGGAUAUCUGCUAAGAAUUGAGGAGAAAGGCACAAUGUUCUUGAACAGAAUACCCCAGAACAGAGCUCUGGAUUCACUAGGGAAGACGAGGAGGCACAUUCCCUCCUUGGAUGGAAAUUUAGCAACUUCCAUAAUUUGGUCAACUGGUUGCCUUGAUCUCUGACCUCCCUUUCCUUGGGCUUUUUGGGAAAUUCCAUCUGAGAAGAAUCGUUUUUUAAUAACUGGAUUACAGUAUGCAUGUUCUACUCAGUUACUUCUGGAGUUCCCAAGUUGAUAUCCUCCCUGUUGGGUUACAGCUCUUGUGAUUAUCAGUAAGUUACGGCCAUAAUGGCAACUAUGUGACCACAUAGGCUGGGGAAGGCAGAUGCAGAUGGGAAGGGAUUGCGAGAACCCCUGACUUCUGAGAAACACUGAAACUUGAUUUUCACCAAGCAGAGUUUCAGCCAGGAAACCUACUUUGUUUCAAGGACCUGGCAGUGUCUUCCUCACUUUUCUGACUUUCUACAUUGGUUGAAUAUCAGAGAAAUCAAAUAUCUAUUUGUGGGUAAUGGGUCCCUAGGGAAAAGAGCUUUUAAAGGAUUAGGCAGAUUUGUGGAAACAGAAGACUAUCCAUGUGAUCAAUCAUAACAGCACUCCACUCUGGGUGGGAAGAGGGGCAUUGACUGUUAGCUUCACGCUGCUCUGUCUGGCUGGUCACUAUUAAAAGAAAGCACUGAAUUGAA